CGUGGGUACUUGAUAGAAGACAGAAAAGCAGGAUGCAGGCAAUGGAAAUGAAAUAUCUAAGAAAAGUGAAGGGAAUAACAAGGAUGCACAGGGUGAGAAACGAUCUAAUCUGGGAAGACAUCGGAAUAGAACCUCUGCAGGAUUUCAUAGAGAAGAGACAAUUGAGUUGGUGGGGACAUCUGAAUAGGAUGAAUCACGAAAGACCUGCUAGAAAAGUAUGGGAAGCAAAGGUUACGGGAAAAAGAAGGCGCGGAAGACCGGUUACUACCUGGGACAAGCAAAUGGGGAAGAUAAUUGGAGAAAGGGGACAAACUUGGGAAAGAGCAAGGAAGAUGACAGCCAACAAGAAGGAAUGGUCGAAGUUCGUUUACGAGGGAAGAAUCGGCUAUAACCAACAUUAUUACGAUUUUCUACAGCCGCCCAAGAUGUCGAUAAUUCUUGAAGCGAGCAUACAUCAUCGAUACGGUUUAAGUUCAACCAUCAAAACUAUUAUUGAUUAUUGGUAAUGUUAGUGUGCAACGAAAA